AUGCUCCGUUCUCGACCGCCACAACGAGAGCUGGUGACGUCACAGCUUGAGGUUGGACGACUUCAAAGACGUGCAAAAGCUGCGUGCAAGAGGCUCUUGCACCCUUUCCAAGAGCAAAGAAAACUGAAGGAUGAGUCCGGCAUAUUAGAGCGUGUUGGCCUGAUCUGCUUUGACAUUGUCGCCUCGUGCUGCUACGUGCUGAAAGUCGAGGACGUUGGCGAGUUACCGAGCUGCGUGGAAAAGGCACGUCAGCUCUCUCAAGUGUCGACCACCUACCAAGAAUUCGUCAAGCGAAUCGAGAAGCUCCUGAAACAGUUUGAUAAAAGAUAG